AUGUUCCGCUGGUACAGGCAGUCCUACAUCUGCUACGCAUACCUCGCCGAUGUGCAUCAUCUUGACCAGCUCGAAGGCAGCCGGUGGUUCACUCGAGGCUGGACGUUACAAGAGCUAAUUGCGCCUCUAAAUGUUCGUUUCUACUCGUCGGAUUGGAACGAAUUGGGCUCUAAGAAGGACCAGGACCUCCGUAGUCGCUUGGGUAUUAUCACCAACAUUGAGUCUCACGUUUUGGAGACAGGUACGUUAAGUCAUGUUUGCGUCGCCAGGCGAAUGUCAUGGGCAUCCAAACGAGAGACAACAAGACUAGAGGAUCAAGCAUACUCACUUAUGGGUAUAUUUGACGUCAACAUGCCGCUUAUCUACGGCGAGGGCGCCAAAGCGUUUCGACGACUUCAGGAGGAAAUCAUCAAGAAUUCUGACGACCAAUCUUUGUUCGCUUGGGGUAUACCAUCUCCGUUGGGUGACGUUGGCCAGUUUUCCAGAUCGCCAAAAGCGUCCAUACCCCCAACGCAUGGCUUGCUGGCGGACUCGCCCGGAGAUUUCGCCAAUAGCCAUCAAGUCUUGAGAGUGCCAUUCGCUUAUAGGAACGCGCCUUUGGUCGAGGUCAGAAAUGGAGUACGAUUCGAGGCACCUGUCUUUGAAAAGGGGUCAGAUCGGUUCGUCGUACUUGCCUGCGCAAUCCGUGGCGCGAAAACAGCCCUGAUUGGUAUUCCCUUCCGCGACUGGAAUCCGGCGUACAGCGCUCGCCAUGACACUGCCGUGCUCAUCUCCUCCCGACAGUCACUACAGAGCACCGAAAAUACCGUUUUUCACUUCAAGGAGAAGGCCCAAGAGGAGCUUCUUCCAUUGAACACCUUACAAAUCCUGCGUCUACCUGAUUCCCGAGACCAUAAUGAUCCAUUUUUCCUCGACGAAAUAUACUGUCUCCGAGACUGCACGUAUUUUCGAGAGCAGCACUCAAUAUCAUUCUCGGUGGGUUGGAGCGGUCCGAUAGCUGCGCUUUUCUUCUCGCCGAAUCCACGGUACCAGGACGACGUAGGGAAAGGCAAGAAAGAGGCGGCUCCUGAACGCAUCCACGAACGUUGCUUGUUUAUCUCUUUCUCCGUUGUACUCGGAAGGGACACCGAGCCCUGGGCUGCAUUCGUGCCUUUGAUGCGAGAAGACCACGCCGAGGAGGAUUCCGCCAGAUUUGCUCUGCAGGACGCAGAGAACGUGGAACGCUGCAUGACCAAGAGCCAGCUCAAAUCUCAUUUGUACCAGGGUGGCGAAGGGUUGUCCUUUCUCAGGAGAGGCGAGGGCAUGACGCAACGCAGUCUCCAACUCUGGAAAGCACGAAAUACCCAGCGGCACAACCGAUACAUGAGGGCCGUGCUGCAUGUGCAGUUGCACGAGGGGUCGGCCAACUUCUUUGAGAGGUGUAUUUUUGCCUCCAUUGGCCUCACGACCCUCGGGAACUGGGAUGCAGACGUCGCAUUCGGAACGAAGUCCGGGAGCCUCUGGAAGGAGACGGUGCCAGACUGGCGGUUUCUGGAUACCACAUCGUGGUUCACUGAAACAUCUCACCCGUACCCUCGAUCAAUGUUGGCCAUUCCGCAAGAUGGAACUCAAGGUAGAAGCUAG